UUGUCUAUACUUGGUGACGAUUUGUACGUGGAUCAAGAACAUCACAACACCACAUCACAAACAUCACAAACAACACAACCAAACCCAACACAAACAACUCAGAUACAAGACACGACACGACAAGACAAGAAAAGGGCAAGCAAGACAAGACAAGACACCAUAAGGCCAGGCAGGAUACUACAAUAUAAGAAGAACCAUGAAAUCCUACCAAACCCACCGUCCCCGCUCCGCCCUCCUCAUCCCGACAAAGCGUCCUCUGGAUAAACCCUCGUUCUUGAAGCGUGGAGCUGGAGCUGGAGCUGAAGCUGAAGCUGGGGCUGGACCUGGACCUGUGUCUGGACCUGAACCUGCAUCGAAACCUACUGCAUCUACAUCUACAUCUACAUCUACAUCUACAUCUACCUCCACUUCUACGGCAAUUUCUACAUCCAACCCCACAAAAACAAAGAACCCGAACCCGAACCCGAACCCAACCCCCAAAACACCAAAACCAACACCAGCAGCGGAAUACGACCUCUCCCUUCCCCCACAGCCGUUUCUUGAUCCGGUGGGUUGGGCGAGGAUGCGUGCAGCAGCAGCAGCAGCAGCAGAAGAAGCAGGAUCUACUUCCUCGGAUAUAGGGAAUAUCGGGGACCGGAGCAGGAAUAGGAAUAGGAAUGGAAGUGGCCGGGGAAAUAAUAACGAAAAAGAAGCCGCGGAGGAAAGACGCAGACGCCGGGUCAGGGAGGCGGAGUAUGGGGGGAUGGCUGUUAGGGGGAGGAUGGGAUAGGAUGGAUGGAUGGAUUAUUGUUACUGACUGUGACUGACUGUGAUUAUUUAUGAC